AUGGCGACACUCUCGUCUGGCACAUUGACGCCAGUAGAUGUCGAGGACAGGACAGAGAAAAUUCGAAAGAGGUUAACUCUCACAUUCAGAGAUCUCAAUGUUCGGGUUGCAGCUCCCGAUGCUGCGUUGGGAAACACUCUAUGGUCAGAAGUGAAUCCGCGUCAGCUUGCAGGCCUGUUUAGACGGAAUCAGCGCCCCAAAAGGACCAUUUUGAAAGAUGUAACUGGCCAAAUAAGGCCCGGGGAAAUGCUUCUGGUCUUAGGUCGUCCAGGAUCUGGGUGUACCUCGCUCCUCCGAGUCCUCUCCAACGACCGGGGCUCAUUUGAUGAUAUAAGUGGAGAGACUCGUUAUGGAAGCAUGGACCACGAAGCCGCCCAACAAUUUCGCCAACAAAUCAUGUUCAAUAACGAAGAUGAUCUUCAUUUCCCAACUCUGACCGUGAAUCGAACCAUGAAAUUUGCUCUUCGAAACAAGGUUCCGAAAGACCGACCGGAAGAGCUCAGCAAUCGCAGCGACUUUAUCCAGGAAAAGCGUAACCAAAUCCUGGACUCAUUGGGCAUCGGUCACACGAAGAAAACUCUUGUUGGAAAUGAAUUUAUUCGCGGAGUUUCUGGUGGCGAACGUAAGCGUGUUUCGCUUGCAGAGGUUCUGGCAGGACAAAGCCCAGUUCAAAUGUGGGAUAACCCAACUCGCGGUCUUGACUCCAAAGCUGCUGUAGAGUUUGCUCGAAUGCUACGUCGUCAAGCGGAUGAGAACGACAAGACCAUCAUCGCAACAACCUAUCAGGCAGGAAAUGGCAUUUUUGAUGAGUUCGAUAAAAUUCUCGUUCUUGCCGAGGGUCGAGUCACCUACUAUGGUCCUCGCACUUUGGCAAGGCGCUAUUUCGAAGAUAUGGGAUUUGACUGUCCCAAGGGUGCUAAUAUUGCCGAUUAUCUCACAUCCGUUACGGUUUUGACAGAGCGUCUUGUUCGGCCUGGUUGGGAACGAAAAGUUCCAAAUACACCAGAAGAGUUUGAAUCUAGAUAUCAGAACAGUUCGAUCUGCCGGGAUCAACAGAGCUCUAUUGAAUCUCCGGAAAAACUUGUUUAUGAGACAGAAGAUCUUAAGUUUGCUGUAUCAAGCGAAAAAAGAAAGCAUCAUCUUCCUCGAAAGGACAGUGUGUACACCGCUGGUAUCUGGAAUCAAGUUCACUCCUGUGUGCUUCGACAAUUCCAGAUAAUAUGGGGCGACAAAUUCUCCUUGAUCGUCCGAGUCUGUUCGGCUAUUCUUCAGGCGUUGGUAUGUGGGUCUCUCUUCUACAAUCUCGCAGAAGACAGCUCUUCGAUUUUCCUGCGCCCGGGUGUUCUAUUCUUUCCCAUUCUUUACUUUCUGCUUGAGUCUAUGUCGGAGACGACAGGUUCAUUCAUGGGCCGGCCAAUAUUGUUUCGCCAGAAACGAUUCGGAUUCUAUCGACCGACUGCAUUCUGUAUUGCCAAUGCUAUCACGGAUAUACCUAUCGUUAUUCUCCAAGUGACAUGUUUUUCCUUGAUUCUAUAUUUCAUGGCAGCUCUUCAGAUGGAUGCAGGGCGGUUCUUCACUUACUGGAUUAUUAUUAUCGCUCAGAAUUUGUGCUUCAUUCAGCUCUUCCGAACAGUAGGUGCAGUCUGCCAAAAGUUUGGAAAUGCAUCCAAGAUUUCGGGUCUGCUCUCCACUGUCUUCUUCGUUUAUGGAGGUUAUCUCAUUCCGUUUCACAAAAUGCACGUUUGGUUUCGUUGGAUCUUCUACCUCAACCCAGGAGCAUAUGCAUUUGAGGCUCUAAUGGCAAAUGAGUUCGUCGGCCGAGAGUUCAACUGCAUUGAGCCUGACUACAUUCCCUACGGAGAAGGCUACUCGAGCUCAGUAUCCCUUAACCGGGGCUGCUCUGUUCCAGGGAGCACGAAUGGUGUGAUCAGCGGAGAAGCCUACAUUCGAGAGCAGUACAGCUAUUCAUUCCACCAUAUCUGGCGAAGCUUUGGCAUUCUUAUUGGCUUUUGGGUUUUCUUCAUAUUUGCUACCUCGUUAGGGUUUGAGUUGCGCAACAGUCAGAGUGGCUCUUCUGUGCUUCUUUACAAGCGUGGCAGUGAGAGAAAGCCGCAGGUCAUUGAAGAAAAGCCUGCUGCUAAGCAAAAAGUCAAUGAGGUAGCGUUGUCAAGCGCAGUAAAACAGUCCACGUUCACCUGGAACAAUCUCGAUUACCACGUCCCAUUUCAUGGCGAGAAGAAGCAACUCCUAAAUAAAGUUUUUGGAUUUGUCAAGCCAGGGAGUUUGGUCGCAUUGAUGGGAGCUUCUGGUGCUGGAAAAACAACAUUAUUGGAUGUUCUUGCACAGCGGAAAGAUUCUGGUGAAAUCUUUGGGUCAAUUCUCAUCGAUGGUCGGCCUCAAGGCAUCAGUUUCCAGCGUACCACCGGCUAUUGUGAACAACAGGAUGUGCAUGAAAAAACAGCAACUGUGAAAGAGGCACUAGUAUUCUCUGCUCUUCUUCGACAGCCAUCGACCGUCUCACACGAAGAAAAAAUCACUUAUGUGAAUCAUAUAAUCAACCUGCUGGAGCUGGAAGAGAUUAGUGAUGCUCUUAUUGGAGUGCCUGGUGCUGGGUUAAGUAUUGAACAGCGUAAACGCGUGACUCUGGGUGUUGAGCUAGUGGCAAAGCCUACUCUAUUGUUUUUGGAUGAGCCUACUUCAGGACUUGAUGGCCAGAGUGCAUACAAUAUUGUCCGCUUUCUACGGAAGCUAGUCGAUGGUGGGCAAGCAGUCUUGUGUACUAUUCAUCAACCGUCGGCUGUCCUUUUCGAUGCCUUUGAUGGCCUUUUACUCCUCGCAAAGGGUGGAAGGAUGACAUAUUUCGGUGAAACUGGCAAGGACUCAAACAAGAUAUUGGAUUACUUCUCUCGCAAUGGAGCACCGUGUCCACCCGAUGUGAACCCAGCCGAGCACAUCAUUGAAGUUGUCCAAAGUAAUGGAGCCCAGAAGACUGACUGGGUCGAAGUUUGGGAUCAAUCUGAUGAGCGUAAACGUGCUUUGGAGGAGCUUGAGUCUCUCAAUGCGGCCGGACUCAGCGAUCCCAAUUACGUGGAGGAUACAGCAAAUUAUGCUACCUCUCACUGGUACCAAUUUAAGCUGGUAUCCAAGCGCCUUACUAUCCAAAUCUGGCGCUCUCCGGAUUAUAUGUGGAAUAAAAUUGUUCUUCACAUCUUCGCCGCGCUCUUCAGUGGUUUCACAUUUUGGAAACUUGGAGAGGGAACAUUCUCCCUACAACUACGACUUUUCGCCAUCUUCAAUUUCAUUUUUGUUGCACCUGGGUGUAUCAACCAAAUGCAGCCCUUUUUUUUACAAAAUCGUGAUAUAUUUGAGACGCGUGAGAAGAAGUCCAAGACAUAUCACUGGCUUGCUUUCAUUGGCGCACAGGCUAUUACUGAAAUUCCAUAUCUGAUAAUUUGCGCCACGCUUUACUUCCUAUGCUUUUAUUUCACGGUCGGGUUCCCCCUGGUAUCAAGGGUUUCAGGUCAAUUCUACCUUCAAAUGAUCUUCUAUGAACUUUUGUACACUUCAAUCGGACAAGCCAUUGCAGCAUAUGCUCCGAAUGAGUACUUUGCUGCUGUGAUGAAUCCUGUGCUUAUUGGAGCAGGGUUGGUAAGUUUCUGUGGCGUCGUCGUUCCAUAUAGUCAGAUGCAACCGUUUUGGAGGUACUGGAUCUACUACCUUGAUCCCUUCACCUAUCUUGUUGGAGGCCUUUUGGGUGAGGUGCUUUGGGACGUCAAGGUAAAGUGUGAGCCCUCGGAGUACGUCACGUUUAGUGCCCCGUCUGGCCAAACGUGUGGUGAAUACAUGGCCGAUUUCCUGUCAUCCCAAGCUGGAUAUCUCCUGGACUCAAACUCUACUGAAAAAUGCUCCUUCUGCCAAUAUUCGACCGGUGCAGACUAUGCAAAGACGUUCAAUAUCCAAGAAAAAUACUACGCAUGGAGAGAUACUGGAAUUACGGCACUCUUCUGUAUCAGCUCGUAUGGGUUGGUUUUCUUGAUGAUGAAGUUGCGAAGCAAGAAGACAAAGAGUGCUCGAUCUGAAUGA